CUCUAGUCAAAAUAGGUACAUUUGGUUCUUCAAAAACAAAGAUGGUGGAAAAAUUAAGGAAAUUCUGAGUAAACUUUGUUUUUCUAGAAUUUUAUGUUAAACUAGUAUCAUUGGACAGACAACAUGAACAGUAAAACUGACAGUAAGAAACGAGGAAUUGGUUUUGGUGGAUUUGCUAUUAAAAAGAAAGAAGAACCACAACAAUUGGCACCAUCCACUAAUUUCAGUUCUCUCUCUGGAAUGGGAGGAUCAAAGGCCAACAGACUGAAUCCAGGUCGAAGUCUGAGUUAUUCUCUAAAUAUUGGAAAGAAACGAGUGAAAUGUGAAGAUGAUUAUUUUGAUGAUGAGGAUGAAGACGGUCCACCAGUUGCUCAUGAUGAUGAUUCAGGUGAAGAAUUUACACCAGCAGGAAUGGACGGAACGAAAAAUGAUGACAGCGAUAGCGAUGAUCCGUUAGAUGCCUUUAUGGAAGGAGUUGAGAAAGAAUUAACAGAAGCUGAAAGACAGGCUUUUGAAGAAGAUAUAAAAGAAGAAAAAGAAAAAGGGGUACGGAAUGAUAUUGAUGAUGAAGACGUUCAGGAAGCCUACUUUCGCUUUAUGGAAGAGAAUCCGAACGUUGGAGUGAUACAAGAUGAUGAUGAUGACUAUGAUUAUGAUAGUGAUGGAAAUGUUAUUCCACGUGAACGAUCCAAGAUAAUUGAUCCAUUACCACCCAUAGAUCAUUCUGAAUAUUCUUACCAACCGUUUGAAAGAAAUUUCUACAAUGAACAUCAGGAGAUUAAGGCUUUAACCAAUGAACAGGUCAAUGAAUUACGCAAUAAACUCUCAAUCAAGGUGUCAGGAUUAGAACCAUCGAAACCUGUCUGUAGUUUUGGACAUUUUGGAUUUGAUGAAUUGUUACUGGCUGCUAUACGUAAAUCUGAAUAUACAAAACCCACACCUAUACAAGCUCAGGCGAUUCCUGUUGCAUUAAGUGGCAGAGAUAUAAUCGGUAUCGCUAAAACAGGAAGUGGUAAAACUGCUGCAUUUUUGUGGCCAAUGUUGAUUCAUAUUAUGGACCAGAAAGAACUGGAACCAGGUGAAGGUCCGAUUGGGUUAAUACUGGCUCCAACUAGAGAACUUUCCCAACAGAUAUAUCAAGAAGCAAAGAAGUUUGGUAAAAUCUAUAAUAUUAAUGUAGUCUGUGCUUAUGGUGGCGGAAGUAUGUGGGAGCAGACGAAGGCAUGUCAGGAAGGAGCAGAAAUAAUUGUAGCCACUCCAGGCCGAUUGAUUGAUCUAAUUAAGAAGAAAUCUACUAAUUUAGAGAGAGUUACCUACCUUGUAUUUGACGAAGCAGAUCGAAUGUUUGAUAUGGGUUUUGAACCACAAGUACGAUCUAUAGCUAAUCAUGUUAGACCUACUAGACAAACGUUAUUAUUCAGUGCCACGUUUAGAAAGAGAAUAGAGAAAUUAGCUCGAGAUAUAUUAGGUGAUCCUGUUAGAAUUGUACAGGGAGAAAUAGGAGAGGCAAAUGAAGAUGUGACACAGUAUAUUGAAGUUCUUCCACCAGGACCUGCCAAAUGGUCGUGGUUGGUUAAACGUAUUGUAGGUUUUACUACAGAUGGAAGUGUUUUAAUAUUUGUAACCAGAAAAUCCAACAGUGAAGAAUUAGCUGCUAAUCUUAGAGCCCGAGAUUUAUCAUUGGGGUUAUUACAUGGUGAUAUCAGUCAGUCCGAGAGAAAUGAAAUCAUCUCAUCGUUUAAAAAGAAAGAAUUUCCUAUUUUAGUAGCAACAGAUGUAGCAGCUCGAGGUUUAGAUAUACCACAUAUAAAAACAGUUGUUAAUUACGAUAUAGCAAGAGAUAUUGAUACUCAUACACAUAGAAUCGGUCGUACUGGACGAGCUGGUGAGAAAGGAACAGCAUAUACGUUAAUAACAAAUAAAGAUAAAGAGUUUGCUCCCCUGUUAGUUCGUAAUUUAGAAGGAGCCAAUCAGUUUGUGCCCCCUGCAUUAUUAGAUCUAGCUGUACAGUGUCCAUGGUUUAACAAGAAUCGAUAUAAGAAAGAACGAGGUAAAUCUGUGAUGAGAGGAGGAGGUAAACGUCUCGGUUUUAAAGAACGACCAGGAUUAGGUUCAGAAAGUAGUACAAGUAGUCAAGAUUCAUCCAGCCUUACAACAUAUCGACCAUCUGCAUCUAUGGGAAGAAGUGACAGAUUAUCAGCCAUGAAAGCUGCUUUAACUGCUCAGUUUAAAUCUAACUUUGUGACGUCUACGACUGAUGGUGUUCCAUCUUUGAUGGGCGGAGGACUUGGACAAAAGGCUACAUUUCACGAACCAUUGAAUCCCCAGACGUCAAAUUCAUCAGAUUCUAAACGAAGAAAAAAGAGUCGAUGGGAUUAAAAAACCUUUUUAUCUAGUGAUUUAUAAAACAAUACUGUGUGUUACAUGGAAGAUAAAACAUUACUGUGUAUUACAUGGAAAAAGUCUGAAGUGUGUAGAGAAAUAGAUUGUAUGAAGGCUGGAAACAUUGGGAUUAUUAACCUUGAUAAAGUAGAUGGAUUCGUUUCCUUCUCUUACCAGUUUAUUGUUGUUCAAUCCUGUUUAUGACAACAGAUUUCACAAUGGUGUAAAUCUAUACUGUACUGCCAUUGUUUGGGUUGAGAUUGAAUGUUGUUAUUUUAUGUUCUGUGUCGACAAGGAGUAGGGUAAUCAAUCGGCCAACCACAUGGUUGGGUUGGUUUAACACAUCUAAUCAUAAGAUCGGACUGAAUGGUGUUGCUUCGAUUCCACGUUUGUAUCUGGCUAAUCUCAUUGGUGAACCUUGAAUAUCACCUAGUUUAAACCCUGUUGCUCACUCUAACAAUGACAGUUCAUAGGAUCAAAUUUUAGAAAAAUUCUAGAUGCCCUUUGUUCAAGUACUAUCUUAGUUAAAUAGAUGUCCAUUGACUGAUAUUUUCAGCAAAUUCCCUUUACAUUUUCUAGUUUUUAACUAUUAUAGUGAGAACUGCCAUCUCUUUAUCUUAUCUCCCAUAAUUGUUCACCUUAUUUUAUGUAAAAUAUAGCCCUUUAUAAAACUUUUGUUUGUUUUGAUGUAUCACAUACAUCAAUAAGAAACUAUGUACAAAGUUUUGUGUUUCUGGACUACACGCAAAACACGCAAAACUACACGCAAAACAAAAAUCUACAAGAUAAACCUGCGAACAAGACAUAAAAUAGACAUUGCACUCUCAUAAACAAUGAUUACAUGUUGACUAAAUUCUUAACUUUAAUUUGAGAAUACUUUGUGAAACUGGCGCUAGACUGGCUCGCACUUUGUGAAACUGGCGCUAGACUGGCUCGCACUUUGUGAAACUGGCGCUAGACUGGCUCGCACUUUCUUCUUAAAUAAAAUCUUGUACUGAGCUAUUAAAGAGACUGUCUCACAUGUUCUUCUCAAAUAUUUAUCUAUAAUUUAAUUUUUAUGUUGAAUAUUAUGUUGUAGUUGUCUAGUUACCUAGGAUAAAAGACUGUUCCAAGGUUAAUGUAUUAAUAUUGGAUGUAUUUUAUUAAACAAGAUGGUGACGAUGACAUCAAGAGUAAUACUCUCAUACCUGUUUUAUUUAGAUCUUAUGGAAGUUUUCUUUGCAAUAAUUUAACAAUCUGUCGCUUUAUUCACAACACAUGUAAUACAAUUACAGACAUUCACUAUUUUUUUGCAAUCUGUAAAUUUAUUGUUGUCUAAUAAAAGUUACAAUUCCUACUAUUCAUACAAAUUUCGAUUCGUGGGUUUUCUCGGGGUCCUCGGUUGUACGUGACAAAGAGUAGGGUCUUCUGUCCAACCUCGUGAGUUUUCUCCAGGUCCUCAUGUUUCCUCCCACUGCUAGAGACGCCUACGCGCAAGUGAAUUAUUGAAAUAAAAUUAAACCAUAUGUUAGUCCUGAAAUGACCUAGUUUGUGUCGCGUGUAUGUUAAACCCCAUUUCUCUCUAUGUCAUCAAAUAGUACUAUUGGAUAGAAAUGAAAGUAAGACAAAUAAAUCAAGGUCUUUAUUAUCUCAUAAAUAUUAUCUCUGUGAUUAUUACAAACAUUUAAUGGUUGCAUUGGUACCGGAAGUGACAUAUGUUUAGGGUAACAUGGCACCGGUGAAACCCGUCAUUACUGCUUUGCAGUUCUAGUUAUUUUUAUUAUUAUUAUUAUUAUUAUUUUUCAUUUUGAGCAUAUCUCAGAAACUACUUGUCAGAUUGAUUCGAUGUCUUCGGUUUUACUUGGAAAGUGGGCUUGACUUAAAUUUUAAAGCUAUUUCUAAAGUUCUGCGACAAUGCGAAAUGUCCGAAAUUACCGAAGUUGUCAUUUUUCGAAAUUUUGCUGUAAUGUUAUCAAUAAUUGUCGGAUUGUAAUAUUUGAUACAUUUUGACAUAACCAGAGACAAGGCACAUAGCUACAGUUUUUUAGAUUUUUUAUUUUCGAUGAAUCUUCGGAGAUAUUAGGCGCCAAAUUUUGAAAAUUUAAAUUUUUACAAAAAACUUUUUAUUAAUGAAUAUUUUUAUGUGGUAUUUUACCAAAGGUUAAAGAGUCAUCUUCGGAGAUAUUAGGCGCCAAAUUUUGAAAAUUUAAAUUUUUACAAAAAACUUUUUAUUAAUGAAUAUUUUUAUGUGGUAUUUUACCAAAGGUUAAAGAGUCAUCUGAUUUGAACAAAAAUGGCAAAAUUUUUUGUCACCGUAUUUUUCCUUGGCCCCCAUUGGCUAAUUUAGUUUUUCAGUCCUGGAUUAAUCAUUUAUUGUUCGAUUUGUAUAAAACAAAGUUCAUAUGCUCCGUGGUCCAAAAUGUCAUUUAUUUUGUUACCGGUACAUUUUCCUUUCAGCAACGGAAGUGACGGAAAUUUAGCAAAAACUGCAAUUUUGACAGUUCGAUACCACUUUUUGAAAGCAAAUAUUAUUUUUUUCAAAUAUGGUAUGACUGAAAUGGUGUGCCCUGUUAAGGCGCAGAAAUCAUCGCGCUCACUUUUUUAAAAUUUUUAUUUCGUUUUCGGAUCAUUUCGGAUUAAAGGUGAAAAAAAGGUGAAAAAAUGAGCUAUUCACAACCCAUUCAGGCUUUUCAUAUUUUAAAAUAUUUCUUUGCAACUUUCAUAAACUAGUAGCAAUAAUCCAUACGAAGAUAAUGUAUGUGAAAAUUAGUUUGUAAUAUGAGCAGUUGCCGAGAAAUAGGCAAUUUUGCAUGAGUCACUUUUUAUGCUAGUUUGCCUGUAAAAGAGUCAAUUAUUAUUCGAUUUUCAUAAAAGUGACACCAUUUGAUGGGUAAUGUCAAUUUUAACAAGUUCAAACCAGUUUAACAUUUUCAGUGUCACCGAAAAUGACGUAAUUUGGGCAAAAAUUGUAUUUAUAACCUUCCAAACCAGUAAUUUAUUCAAAUGAGUCGUAUUUGUUAUUUGUUUAAAAUUUUGACAUUUGAUUCCAAUCAACUAAUAGAAUGAACACAUACGGUCAUAUAGAUAUCACAAAAUGGUUUCUAACUUGUUCAGUUGCGGAGAAAUAGAUGAUUUUCAACAGGUAACUUUUCAAGGUUUUUGGUCCAUAAAAGUGUCAAUUAUUAUUCGAUUUUCAUAAAAUUUCCAGUGUGUGAUACCUAAUGCCAUUUACGAUUUCAUACAAGUAAUUUAACACUUUUACUGUCACCGGAAGUAACGUCAUUUUGGAAAAAACUGUAUUUUUAGCCUUCAAAACAGAUAGUUUAUUCAAAUGAGUCUGAUUUGUAUUGUUUUUAAAAUUAUGAUAUUUGAUUCCAAUCACCAAAUAGAUUGAACCCACACAGAUACAAAAAUAUGGUUUCUAACUUGUACGGUUGCAGAGAAAUAGACGAUUUUCUACAAGUCACUUUUCAAGGUUUUUGGUCUAUAAAAGUGGCAAUUAUUAUUCGAUUUAUAUAAAAUUUUCACCAUGUGAUGCCUUAUGCUAUUUCUGAUUUCAUCAAACUAAUUUAACAUUUUCAUUACCACCGGAAGUAAUGUAAUUUUGUCAGGAUCACUUACAUGUAACAAAUUUAUACAAUGAAUUGAUAUUGCUGGAUUUGGUUGAUUCUGCGUACAUUUUAUUUGAUGUGUGCGAUGCUUAUAUGGAAACCUGUUUAAUGGUUUCAUCGGUACCGGAAGUGUCAUAUGUUCAAGGGUAACGGGGCACCGGUGAAACCCGUCUUUACUGCAUCGCAGUUCUAGUUAUUAUUAUCAUUAAUAAUGGUAAUUAUUUUACAUGUUACUUCAGUCUUUAGAUGUGAAUAUAUAUCCAGUAUGAUUGUUCAAGCAACUAUAAAAGAAUUUAUAAUUUUAACAUAAUAAAUUAUUUAAUUUUUGGAUAAAAAUAUAUGACUAGUAGGACUGAAAGGUUGACCAUUUCAACCUUUGAUUACUUUAUUAUGAAUCCAUAUUUAGCCAUCUACAAUUGUAUCAUUUGCUAAAUAAACCGAAGAUUCAAGAACCAUA